UGUAACACCUUCUACUCCUAUGAAGUAUAUAAAUGAUAGUACAUUAUAAGCCAAAUAUGCACAAGGACACAUCAGUGGUUUCCAUGGAUAUUCUUCAUAGUUCCAUUAUUUCCAUAACAGCCACCAUUCUCUCACUUGUCUUUUGUGGAUUCAUAGUUCAUCUUCUGACCAGAAAACUACAUGGAAAAAGGAGAUACCAUCCAAUUGGUGGCACCAUUUUCAAUCAGCUCAUCAACUUCCACAGGUUGCACCAUUACAUGACUGAUCUUGCUGACAAGUACAAGACUUACAGAUUGAUUAGCCCUUUCAGGAAUGAGAUUUAUACUUCUGAACCUGCUAACGUCGAGUACAUUCUCAAAACUAACUUUGACAACUAUGGCAGGGGGUGGUAUCAUUACAACAAUCUAAAGGACCUGCUAGGGGAUGGGAUUUUCACAGUUGAUGGUGAUAAGUGGCGAGAACAGAGGAAAUUGUCAAGCCAUGAAUUCUCGACAAGGGUCUUGAGGGAUUUCAGCAGUGUGGUCUUUAGAAAAAAUGUGGCAAAGCUUGCCCAUAUAUUGUCCAAAGCAGCCAGUUCCAAAAAGACAGUGGAUAUUCAAGAUCUUUUCAUGAAAACAACUCUAGAUUCUAUAUUCAGAGUUGCCUUUGGAGUUGAGCUAGACAGCAUGUGUGGGUCAAAUGAAGAAGGCAAAAAGUUUAGUGAUGCAUUUGACAAUGCAAGUGAAAUGACACUUUGGAGGUAUGUUGAUGUCUUCUGGAAGAUUAAAAGAGCUCUCAAUAUCGGAUCAGAAGCCAAGUUAAGGGACAAUAUAACAACUAUUGAUGAGUUUGUCUAUAAGCUAAUCCACAGAAAAACUGAACAGAUGAGUAGACCUCAAGCUGAUUUAUCUUGGAAGAAAGAAGACAUUUUGUCAAGGUUUCUGCAAAUAACUGGAACUGAUCCAAAGUUUUUGCGUGAUAUAAUAUUGAGCUUCAUAAUAGCUGGCAAAGAUACAACAGCAACCACCCUUUCUUGGUUCAUAUAUGUGCUUUGCAAGUACCCUCAUGUACAGGAGAAAGUAGCACAAGAGAUUAAAGAAGCAACAACUGAGAAAGAAGAUGCAACAGACAUAAUGGAUUUUGCUGCCAAUGUGAGUGAAGAUGUCCUUGAAAAGAUGCAAUAUCUUCAUGCAGCAUUGACAGAGACUCUUAGGCUCUAUCCUGCAGUUCCAGUGGAUGGAAAAAUAUGCUUUUCGGAUGACACCUUACCAGAUGGAUUCAGCGUGAACAAAGGGGACAUGGUGUCUUACCAACCAUAUGCAAUGGGAAGAAUGAAAUUUAUAUGGGGUGAUGAUGCAGAAGAAUAUAAACCAGAGAGAUGGCUCGAUCUGGAUGGUUUCUUCAGGCCAGAGAACCCCUUCAAAUUUACAGCUUUCCAGGCAGGCCCACGAAUCUGCUUGGGGAAGGAAUUUGCUUACAGGCAGAUGAAGAUAUUCUCUGCUGUGUUGUUACGUUACUUUGUUUUCAAGAUGAGUGAUGACAAGAAGACUGUCAAUUACAGGACAAUGAUUAAUCUUCACAUCGAUGGGGGACUGCAUGUUCGUGUCUUUCACAGAUAGGCCAUGGAUAUACCAAAGAUAGCAAAUAUGACAAUGCCAGUCCUCUUAUUCCAGAAUGUAAGAAGUCUUAUCAAAUUACACUGGCCAUGCCAAAAGGUGUCAUUGUUACACAUUUCUCUUCUUUUUACCCUUCACACUCUUUGUUUUCAUGACAAGUAGUUUGAGUUUUCCAAUGGAAAAAUAUAUAUAAAUAUGAUAUGAAUUUAGAGCUAUAA